AUGGCGACGCUCGGCCUCGACAUCACGAAGAAGCACAAGGUGACUGUUGUCGGUUCCGGCAACUGGGGCUCUACCAUUUCCAAAAUCGUUGCCGAGAACACCAAGGCGUUCCCCGAUAUCUUCGAGGAGGAGGUUCAGAUGUGGGUGUAUGAGGAGGAUGUCACUCUGUCCGAAGACUCUCCCUACUACGACUCGGCCACGGGUUCAUCACCGCAAAAGCUCACUCACAUUAUCAACACGCACCACGAGAACACAAAGUACCUGCCUGGGGUCCGUCUGCCGACAAACCUGAUUGCAAACCCCUCGGUCGUCGACGCCGCCCGCGAUGCUACGAUUCUCAUUUUCAACCUGCCCCACCAGUUUAUUGGCAAAGUCUGCGACCAGCUGCGCGCAAUAUUCUCCCCUGUGCUCGGGCAUCUCCUGCAUCAAGGGUGUCAAUUCAAAGCGGCCCAACGGCGCCACAAAGAUUAUGCUGGCCUCCAGGGUAUGACGCCUGUUUCACUGCAUCCACAAGGAUGCCCGCGGCCGCGCUUCCAAAACGAAGCUCACGCCCUUCCGGCUACCUACCCACCCUCGACCACGAGACGUUCAAGCAGCUCUUCCAUCGCCCCUACUUCCAUGUGCGUAUGGUCUCCCGAUGUUGCUGGUGUGUCCCUUGGUGGUGCCCUGAAGAACAUCGUCGCUCUGGCCGCCGGCUUCGUCGACGGCCGCGGCUGGGGUGACAACGCCAAGGCUGCCAUCAUGCGCAUCGGCCUCCUCGAGAUGGUUGCCUUUGGCCAGGCCUUCUUCGGCCAAACGGUCCGUCCCGCCACCUUCACAGAGGAGUCGGCCGGCGUCGCCGAUCUCAUUACCUCAUGCAGCGGCGGCCGUAACUUCCGUUGCGCUCGCAAGGCCGUCCUCGAGGGCCUCACCGUGCAGGAGGUUGAGGAGCGCGAGCUCAAUGGACAGAAGCUGCAGGGCACGAGCACAGCCGCCGAGGUCAAUAGCUUCCUCAAGGCCCGCGGGCUCGAGAAGGAGUAUCCCCUCUUCACUGCCGUUCACGAGAUCCUCGAGGGCCGCAACAGCGUGGACGACAUUCCUCAGUUGGUGUCCGAUAACUAAGGGGAUGCGUCGCGGGUGUGCGGAGGUAAUACGUCAGUGAUGCAUGUGGUAGAUGACAGCUCAUACGAGCAGCAAGAUUUCGCUCCACAGUCUCUCAACGUGGCGAGCAAAGAGUCAGGCACGAAGAGGCGUUCGGCUCAGAGGGGCGGGAGGGGACAGGUCAAGGUUGAGGGUUCGUUGAUAUCCAGAAUUGAAUGCAUAAUGGUUUCGCUGUUCUACU